AUUUAUUAAAAAUUUUAUUUAGAGUAUGCUCAAAAUUUAAAAAGGUUUCGAAAAUUAUUUAAAUAUUCAGGGACUUAACCACUUGGCUUAAAAAUAUUUUGUUGCAUGUUUAAUUAUUCUUAAACAAUAUGAUACGCGUAGUGAAGAAAACAUGAUAUAAGUAGUGAUGAAGUUAAUGGUAAAAUUGAAAAAACAAAUUUAUACCAUACAUUAUACUAAAAAUGUCAGACUUGCAAGUCACUCAAGAGGUUGUCGUGGAAUUGGAAAAUUUUUACAAUGUUGAUCUUUUUCAACGCGGAUAUUAUCAGGUUAGAUGUUUGGUUCAGUCACCACCUAAAUUGUUUUCAAUUAUAACUUGUCAAUUAGCAAAUGAUAAAAAAGAUGUGAAGUCUUGCUCGAGUUUAUUUAAAGCUUUUGUUGAUCAACAUUCUAACACUGCUAUCUCCAAAACCUUUGAAGUAUAUUACAAACAUGAAAAAGUCCAAAUUAAAGAUAAAUUCAUUUUCAAAAUUGACAUGUUAAUGGAUGGAAUUAAGAUGGAUUCACAACUUCUAAAAAAGAUAGAUUUAACAUUUGAAUUAUACUUUGCAGAAUGCACCAGAAAACACCCUGCAACUCCAAAAUCUUUAGAAUAUGCAAGUUCAAAGACACUUACAAUGCAUCUCAGUUUAAACCAGUCUUAUCAUGCUCAUAGACCUGUUUUAUUUGAUUAUUUUCAUUUUGGUGCUUUAACUUUCACAGUUCACUCAUGUACCACAGCUAUACGACAGCCAUGGUUAGCGGCAUUAAAAUCACUUCAUCCUGUAUGGAGUGGUAAAUCAGGUAACAUAAGGCAACUAUGUUAUAGUAGCUUGUUUGGAAAAGGAUCUAUUUUGAUACCAACCCAAAAACUUGAUAAUCAACAAAAGAAUAGUGCAAUUAUUUUUCACCGCAAUGUUUGUUUAAAACUCCUUAAGCUAUACGAACAGCUACUUUUAUAUUAUCAUUGGUGCAUAUCACUUUUGCCAGAAUAUUCCAAAGUAGGGCUAAGCAAAAUUGAUAUUUAUAACAAACUUGAGGUGUUGAAUAAUGAAUUUUCUUUGUUGUGCACUGCUGAAGAAAACUACUUGCGUGUUGGUGAUGAUCUGUAUUUAUUAAGCACCGAAUUAGAUAUGCUGUGGCAGCAGUUUCUUGAGCAGUUCAGUUUUAAUGAAACCUUAGUUAAAAAACUUGCUGAAGAACAUCACAAAGAGCGUAUUAUGCACAUUAAACAGGCUGUGUUUACAGAAGAGCAUCCAUGGGAAUCAUUAUGUGUAUCUCAUGAACUAAGUACUUCUCAGCAUAAUCGAAUGGCAAAUGCAGUGAGAAACUCUUUGUAUUAUCAGCUCAUACCUCCUUUAAAAUUACAUUGCUCAAGCUUAGAUGCAGAUGGCUCUACUUUACCUAUUAUUUUUGAAGACAAGUAUAUGCCAGGGAAAAAGAAUGAAUCAGAGCAAAAACAAAUUUCCAUCACUGUUGAUGAAAGUGUUGUUGAUGGUGAUUUUGUUGACAUGGAUAUUAGAAUAGAAGGCACAACAGAUUUUAUUACAAAACUAUGCAAUUCAAAUGAAAAUCAAAUAAAUCACAAAAGCAGUUUAAAGCAUAUGCAGUUUGAUAAAAAUAAAGAUGUAGAUACUGUUGACUCAUCCUUUAGAAGAAGUAACACAACUAAUAAUGGUAAAUAUGAUAUGAUGGAUCAUUGGCAGUUUUCUCCUUCUGAUUUAAAAAAACCUAUGAAAGAAACAGACUUAACAGGACCUGAGUACUCAUCACAGUGGAACGUUGAAAAAUGUGUUUCUUUAAGCUCUAAUCAAGUUUUAUCUUCUAAGGAAUUGUUAAGUAUUUUGUACAAUGAUUGCGAUUUUAGUUCUGCUACUGACUUUAUACCUUUAUGUACAAAAGUAGAUGAACUAAAAACAUUGAAUCAAAGUUUAUUAUCUUUACCUGACAUUAAAAAGACAUUUCAACCUGCUCAUGAGCAAGAUUUAAAACCCCAUUUACGCAGGUCAUUUACUUCUGGCAAAAGAUAUGCUCAUUCUUCAGCACCCGGAAGAAGAUCUGUUUUUUAUACCCCGUUGAAUGGUGUUAAAUUUAAAGAAACGCCUAUAACUAAAGAGACAUUAUUUCUUGAAGGUUUGGACCUGGCUGAAAAUAAAGCUAGUGUUUCCAUUGAUAGAAGUCUGGAAAACAAUAAUAAAGUUAUCAAUUUACCAUCUCCUUCUGAUCUUGGAAAACCCAAACUAUGGAGUUGCUUCCCUGCUAUCAAGAGUUCGAGUAAGAGAAAUUCGUAUAGAAUGUCGCUUCAAUCUCCAUAUGCAGUAGUAACACAAGAAAAUUCAUCUAGGUUUCAAAGAGCAAAAGAAAAUUUGGAGUUUAAUUUGAAUUUCAGAUUCCACAAUUAUAGUCAUUUUCAAAAUGAAAUCAAUGUUAAAGAAUACUUUACCCAAAAAAUUACAUCCACAACUGAAAAUGUCCAUCUUGUAGUUUGCGUGCAUGGAUUGGAUGGAAAUCGAGAUGAUUUGAGACUUGUGAGAUGUUACCUGGAAAUGGCUUCUCCAUUAGCUAAUUUUGAUUUUUUAAUGUCAGAAGUUAACCAGGAUGAUACUUUUUGCGAUAUCGAUAUUAUGACUCAGCGAUUAGUUGAAGAAAUAAAAAAUUACAUAAGUGAACAAAAAAUAGAAGUUUCCAAAAUGAGUUUUAUUGGUCAUUCACUUGGGAAUAUUAUAAUUCGAAAUGCUGUUAUUCAUUCACAACUUUUUGAGUACCGAUCAAAAUUGUGGACAUUUCUUUCGCUUUCAGGACCUCAUCUUGGCAUUCAAUUUCAUACUAGUAAUUUGGUUAGCACUGGAAUGUGGUUAAUGCAAAAAUGGAAAAAAGGUGGUUCCUUAGUGCAGUUAGCUCUAAAUGAUUCAACUGAUCUCAGAGACACAUUUAUGUAUAGAUUAAGUUUAACUAAUGGUUUUCAGUAUUUCAAGAAUGUAUUGCUAGUUAGUUCUGUCCAAGAUCAUUAUGUCCCAUUCCAUUCUGCACGUGUUGAAAUGAGCAAGCAAGUUCUCAAAGGAAACACUGAACACGGCCGCGUAUACAAAGAAAUGCUCGAUAAUAUAAUGAACCCUCUAAUGGUGCAGGAAUCCAUCAAUAUUAUUCGUUAUACUGUCUACCAUCCAAUGCCUACUUCUGCUGACUCGUUCAUUGGUAGAGCGGCACAUAUCGCAAUGCUUGACUCCGAACUCUUUCUGGAGAAGUUUAUUUUGGUUGCAGCUAGUUCAUAUAUAAAUUAACUACUUUUUGUACUCACGCGGUGUCACACUAAGAUAAAUAUUUUUAUUUAGAAAAGUUGAUUUUAAUUUUUUUUUUUAAUUAAAUAAAAGUUAUAAUAAUUUC